AUGAGAGUCACCGGCCUGAAACUUUGUUUAGUACUUUUAUCCCACGUUCUUGUUUUGGUAUCCUCCGAUUCUGAGCCACCGAAGCGAGAUGAAAAGAAAGCUAAAGGUGUUACAACUUUUGUAACAGCAAAAUGGGAGGCUACUCCAAUUGUCUUAGAACUCGCCGAAUAUCUCUCUGGCGAAAGCUCCGAUCUGUUCUGGUCAUUUGUUGAUGGAGUAAAUUCCUUAAAAGCACCCUUACAUAGUUUAGAGACAGAUAAGCAGAUUUAUGAUGCAUGUAUUGCUAUUGCCAGUACUUUGUUGGCCCCAGAACAGUUACGAAUGGCUAAACUAGCCCUCUCUAUGCAUUUAACCUCACCAACUGUUCGUAUGUUUGAUGAAAUUGCCAUACAAAAUGGAGCCAAGGCUGUACCAUGUGAUACCUAUGUGGAUAUUGCUUCAAGGAAAAUAUGUGAUACAGAUGCUUUACGUGACAUCCUUAAAGUGUAUAACCAGUAUGACCCAGCUGAAUAUGGUUUGGAGACUUAUUUAUUGGAUCAUUCCUACCUAAGCAGUGACAAUAAAAGCCUUACAGCUAUUUUAUAUGGGGAAUUGGGGAGCACAGACUUCACAAACAAGCAUAAAAUUCUUGCUUCAUAUGCAGAUAUGGGUGCAAUUAACUAUAUAGUAAGAUGGAAUGUAAAGCCACAUGGUAGACCCAAAUUACGCCUUUCUGGCUAUGGAGUAGAGUUACAGCUUAAAAGUACAGAGUAUAAAAGUCAGGAUGAUACAACACCCAAAGAGUCUGAUGCUGGUGAUACUGUAGAUCCUUCUGUAGAGGAAGAUGAAAAUGAUCCACAGAAUCAAAUAGAUGGUUUUAAUUUUGGAAGACUCAAGAACCUCUUCCCCGCUUUGCGGACACCGCUGGAGCGAUUCCGACGACAUUUAUCAGAGUCGAGUGAAGAGCUUGCGCCACUGAAAGUUUGGCAGAUGCAGGCGCUUAGUAUGCAGGCGGCUGCGGCCGUCAUGGACGCGCAUGAUGCCGGUGGCGACGAAGCCCUUAGAGUGCUUACUUCUAUUGCACAAAACUUUCCAAUGCAGACAAAGUCCCUCAUUCACGUGAACGUACCGCGCUCCUUCCGCGACGAGGUCCUGUACAAUCAGGACGUGUGGUCUUCGUCGUUGGGGCUGCGGCCCGCGGAGCCCCUGCUCCUGGUCUCCGGCGCGCAGUACGAUGCCGAGGAGGUGGAUGUUAUGGCGCUUCUGGCCGCAUUACGAGAAGACGUCGGUCCCAUGAACACCUUGCACGCCCUCGGUCUACCGAAGAAACUUAUCAACAAACUCAUGUCCAUGGAGCUUGGCGAAGCUUACACGUGGGAGGAAUAUGGUCUUGAUAUACGCGACACGUCGAUCACGUGGCUGAACGAUUUGGAGAACGACGACCAAUACCGGCGCUGGCCAUCCUCCUAUAUGGAACUGUUGAGGCCCACAUAUCCAGGGGUGCUGAGGAACCUGAGAAGAAAUAUCUAUAACUACGUGAUAGUCGUGGAUCCGACGUCCGUCGCCUCGGGCCCGCCGAUGAAGCUCGCCGAGACCCUGCUGAAGCACUCGACGCCAGUUCGCGUGGGCAUAGUGCUGGUGCCCAAAGGGGCGCCCCUCUCCGCUGCAGUCCGCUCCGCCUUUAAUUACGUGGCGCAGGAAAAGAACUCCAACAAGGAGGCGUUCUAUUUCCUUACGCAGUUGAUACACACCGCUCAAGAUGACAAAAUAACGUUGGAGCAAGUGAAAAAACAAUUGAGGAAAUACGUUAGCUCCGGCACAAAUGUCGAUGAAAUUGUUUCCGAGGAUUCCGAAUAUAACUUUGGUCACCAAUUAGCUGAAGAGUUCAUUAGCAAAAUCGAUAGCAACAAUUAUCCUUUGGUGCUGAUCAACGGCGUGCCGCUGUGGGACGAGGGGCCGGCCGCGUCGUCGGUGACGUCAUCGGUGGAGCUGCUCGAGGAGGCGCUGGUGAGGAUGCUGUCGCGGCAAACGGCGCGGCUGCAGCGCACAGUGUUCCGCUCCGAGCUGGCGGACAGCGAGGACGCCGUCGACCACCUCAUGAAGCAGCCGCACAUCAUGCCCAGAUUGAAUCGUCGCGUCUUGGCAUCAGAAUCAGCUCGAUAUUUGGAUCUAUCUGGGGUACCGUCUUCGCCUGAGUUGUUUAGCGAAGAUAAACUGCAUCGUCUCUUACACUUGACAGGUCGUGACGCUCUGGCCACUGCUUUGCCGAUACUAAGAUACUUCUCGAAGACCAAAAAACCUGAGAAGAUUACGCAAACAGUCUGGGUUAUUGGCGAUCUUAAUACGAAAGAGUCUAGAGAUCUUUUGAGAAAUGCCUUGACGUUUAUGAGGGAAACUGGAGGCGUUCGCGUGGCGUUUAUACCGAAUGUUGAAGGUGGCUCGGCUGACCAGUCUCUCAACAAAGUGGUGCUUGCCGCUCUAACCGCUUUGGAGCCAACUCUCGCCACCAAGUACGUGGUGCGGCUGCUAGAGGAUGAAGGGUGCCACGAGCGUCAGGACUGCGAGAUAUUGCCGGAGCUGGUGGCGCACCUGAACAGGCAGGAGUGGGUGCUGAAGGCGGCGCGGGUGCUCUGCGGGCGCAGCAUGAGGCUGGGCGCGGGCGGCAGGGCGCUGGUGCACAACGCACGGCUGCUGGGGCCCUUCGCGGACGGCGACGGCUUCUCGCUCGACGACUUCCUGCUGCUCGACAGACAUAGCAACCAAGUCUACGGUGAUAAAAUUGCGGAGGUACUACGUAAGAAAAAAACCAUCAAAAAUGAUGUAUUUGAUGACGAUGAUGCGACAGACGAGGAGGCGCCCGAGCUGUCGACGGACAACUACUUGAAGGCGAUCUCUGUGCUGGCGGCUCGCAGCUCCAAAGUGCGGACUCCGCUGCCAGCGGGGCUCCGAACAGAGCACUCCGUCAUCGAGCUGCAGCCCCUGUACACCGACGAGGCCGCUGUGGAGAUCGUAGCGGUACUCGAUCCAGCAUCGACGGCUGCGCAACGUCUGGCGCCUCUCUUGUUGGUGCUGCGCCGCGUCGUCAAUUGUCGCCUGAAGCUGUACCUCAAUCCUCAGGAUAAAAACUCCGAUAUGCCAUUGAAAAGUUUCUACCGCUACGUGCUGGAGCCCGAGCUGCAGUUCACGGCGAGCGGCGCCGCCGGGGGCGGAGCCCUGGCGCGCUUCUCGCGGCUGCCGCAGGCGCCGCUGCUCUCGCUGGAGCUGCGCACGCCGCCCAACUGGCUCGUCGAGUGCGUUCGCUCCGUCUACGACCUGGACAACAUCCGCCUGGCUGAUGUCGAUUCCCUGGUGCACAGUGAGUUCGAAUUAGAGUACCUACUGCUAGAGGGGCACGCUUGGGACACUACAUUGGGAACACCGCCACGAGGUUUGCAGCUGAUACUCGGCAGCAAAGAGCAGCCAGAGCUGAUGGACACCAUAGUGAUGGCCAACCUCGGCUACUUCCAGCUCAAAGCCAACCCUGGCGCGUGGACGCUGCGCCUGCGACCUGGACGCUCCGAGGACAUAUACGAGAUUGUUGGGCACGAGAACACCGAGACGGCGGCCGGCAGCGCGGACAUCCGGGUGCUGAUGGGCUCCUUCCGCAGCCACGUGAUCAAGCUGCGCGUCAGCAAGCGCCCGGACAAGCAGCACCUCGACCUGCUCGCCGACAACGACGACGCCAGCUCCGGCGGCAUUUGGAACUCCAUCGCGAGCUCCUUCGGUGGCGGUGAGGAACACGAGCCGCAAGAUGAAACGAUCAACGUGUUCUCGGUCGCCUCCGGCCAUCUGUACGAGCGCUUCCUGCGCAUCAUGAUGCUCUCCGUUCUCAAGCACACCAAGUCACCCGUCAAGUUCUGGUUCCUCAAAAACUACCUGAGCCCCUCUCUGAAGGACAUUUUGCCAUACAUGGCUCAAGAGUACGGAUUUGAAUACGAGCUCGUGCAAUACCAAUGGCCGCGCUGGCUUCAACGUCAACGCGACAGGCAGCGCACCAUUUGGGGCUACAAGAUUCUGUUCCUCGACGUGUUGUUCCCGCUCCAAGUCAAGAAGAUUAUUUUCGUCGACGCAGAUCAGAUUGUACGUGCCGAUUUGAAAGAAUUGGUGGAAUUGGAUUUGGGCGGUGCGCCAUACGGCUACACACCGUUCUGUGAUAGUAGGAAGGAAAUGGAGGGCUUCAGGUUCUGGAAGCAGGGCUACUGGCGCAACCACCUGCAGGGCCGCAGCUACCACAUCAGCGCCCUCUACGUGGUGGACCUGAAACGCUUCCGUCGCAUCGCGGCCGGAGACAGGCUGCGCGGCCAGUACCAGGCGCUCAGCCAGGACCCCAACAGCCUCUCCAACUUGGAUCAAGAUUUACCUAACAACAUGAUACAUCAAGUGGCAAUCAAGUCACUGCCCCAAGAGUGGUUGUGGUGUGAAACCUGGUGUGAUGAUAAUUCUAAGAAGUACGCAAAAACAAUUGACUUGUGCAACAACCCGAUGACGAAGGAGGCGAAGCUGUCCGCGGCGAUGCGGAUAGUGCCCGAGUGGCGGGAGUACGACGCCGAGGUGAAGGCGCUGCAGGCGCGCGUGCGCCGCGGCCUCUACCAGGCCACGGACCACGAGCAGGAGCAGAGCGCGCACAGCGGUAAAAAUCACGAGCAUACAGAGUUA